AUGGCCCACGGUAAUGAUUUGAUUCAUAAGAACCACUUCCACAAGAAGUGGCAAUUCAUGGUAAGGACGUGGUUUAAUCAGCCUGCUCGAAAGCAUCGUCGUCGGGAGGCACGCAAAGCCAAAGCCCGUCGUGUCGCUCCCAAACCUGCUUGUGGACCCCUUCGACCCAUCGUCAACUGUCCUACUCUGCGUUACAAUAUGAAGGUUCGUGCGGGUCGCGGUUUUAGUCUAGAGGAGCUCAGAGCUGCUGGCAUCAGUCGUCCAAUCGCUCGCUCCAUCGGCAUUGCUGUUGACCAUCGGCGUCGCAACUCCUCCGUGGAGGGUCUUCAGCGCAACGUAGCUCGUCUCCGGAAAUAUAUGUCGAGGAUUAUCCUCUUUAACAAUGCCAAGAUUCUGCCUGUACCUUGCCACCAGGGUGAGAAGGGUAAGGUGAAGCAACGCAAUGGGCUCCCAUCGAUCCGGCAGAAGUGUGUCUUUGAAAAGUCCCGGAAGAUUACGGAGUCUGAUAAGAGGUAUUCGGCUUUCCACGCCAUUCGUCAGCAUCGUGCCAACAAGCGUUUUGCUGGCAAGCGUAUGAAAGCACGCCUGGCCAAAGCCACUGAGUAA